AUGGAUCUUGUUCCCAAUCCCAAUACAGCAGUUGGCAUGCAUAGUGACCACAUGGUCCAGAUCCUUACUGGGCUCGCAGAACCCACCGAAAUGGGCCGUAUCAAGGAACCGCAUCCCAAGCCCAAUCUCCUUAACAAAUGGGUCGAACUUGAGCAUGUUGAGCACAUCCUGGUCGUGUUUUCCUGGAAAACGUUGUCGGCUCUCGUACCAAAAUUUGUAGAAUUGGACGGUUCGGUUGUUGGACCGGGCGUAACUGAAGCCACUGUUGGGCGAGUUGUUCCGGUCGGUGGAGUUGAACCAAUAGUGGUCGCACGAGAGUUGGAAGUCAACGUUUGGGUAAAACCUUUCGAAUGGGUCCCUCAGCCACAUUACGUCAGCAUCCUGCAUGCGUGUAAUAAUAUUACACUUGCCUAA